UAUAUAUAUAUAUAUAUAUAAACUGAUGGAGUAGAUCAUUAUUAUCUAGUCUUUGUGCCUUAAAAUGAUAUUCUUUUGUUUUUAUAGAUUAUUUUGUUAUUAGUUUACACAUAUUACAAAUAUUUUAUUGUCACUGAUCUCUUAUCUGGUUGCUGUUCUAAACUGUAGAUGAAGCAUUUAUUGAUUUAUAAUCCAGUUUGCUGAUAUUUGUCAGUGUUUUGAUGUUUGAGCUUUUCCUACACAAGCCAUGUUACAGCUGGAAACCAUCAUCUGUGUGAAGUAGAAGGAUGAGCGCUUCUUUUCAGCUUUGUCUCUGAAUCUUGGCCAAGUAUUAAAGAAAAUAUGAACAAGGGAAGAAGAGUAUUUUUUUUUUUUUUCUGAACCUUCCUGAGAAACUGAUGUGAUCAAGAUGCCAUUGUUUAUAGGUUAAUAUGUAAUUUUCCAGUGUAAAGAAGAAAUAGUCAUGGAAGGUCCAGCACUUCAGUGAUGAUGGAAGUCUUGUGCUCCACUAUCUGCCUGGCCAACAGGAAUCACCCCAAGUCUUGACACUUCUAUGAAAGGCCACUAUCUAUUUGCCCAAUGCUUGUAUUCAGGGUUUGAGAUUAACUUGUCCCCUCCUUUCUUCAUAUCUAUUGCAAUGCUCAUAUUCAGGGUUUGAAAUGAAUGUGUGCCCUCAUGUUCUCAUGUUCAUUCUUAAAUCCAACUUGGUCUCAGAAUGUGAUGAUAAUAAUGAUUUUAAUAAUAAUAAUGAAUAAUAAUAAUAAUAAUAAAGAUAAUAAUAAUAAUAAUAUUAAUAAUAAUAAUAAUAAUAAUAAUAAUAAUAAUAAUAAUAAUAAAUGAGUAUACCUAUACAGAAUGUUGAGAGAUGAUGAUGCCCACAGCAUUAGCAUGAGGGCUCAACAGGUGGCCAGUUAGAUAGAGAAACAGACCAACAAUUCCAGACAAUAUCAGCAGUUAGCAGAGCAGCAGCUGCAGCCCUUGGUGAAGCAGUUAUCCCUGUGUUGCUUCUCCUUCACACAGGCAACACUUCCUGCAGAAAUGCCCUGAUGAUCUGCCACAACAAGAAUGUUCAGAAUUUUGACCACAGGAAGCAACACUCGGGUAAAAUACUUCAAGAGGAUACUGAUGCCAGAUGAGACACAAACACCACCAGGAAUUUGGUGAGGAACCUCUUGGAACAUUCUCAUGAAUGAGGAACACUGGGACCUAUGAGGAACACUGACCUUUUAUCAGAAGUCUCGGCGUAGCAUGGAACCCAGAUGUUGUCAACAGCAUCACAAAAGUACCAAGAAAUUGCACCAGGAUUUGUUCUUGAAGAGAAUUUGGGUUGAUGCUAUUAGCUGCCAAGUAGAAUGUGUGGAGGGCAGUAAAUCGGAGGUAAUAGGAGUUAUGGUAUUGUUCAGGUGGGCUUCAUCUGUGCAGGUUGUCCUUUCCCAUCCUCUCAUUUUGGACAUCAUUCAGGCAGACUUGCUCAUCAGCAGAGUUAAAGAUAAGGCCAUUGAAGAUAACCGAGGAUCGAGAGGAGGCAAAAGUGUGAUGCGUCCCAUCAAGGUAGUGACCUCCAGUGCCAGAGAAGACUGCAGGGUGGAGAAGAGGGAAUACAAACACUUUGAAGUGCCACGUGUGUGGUAUAGUCUUCCCUCCCUCUUAUUUAAUGCGACGUCUCUGGCCAACAAGAUGGACAAGUUGAUUGUGAUGGUGAGAUCUACUUGUGUGGACAUUGUGGCAGUUACUGAGGCGUGGCAGAUUGUUCCUGAGGUGUGCACGAUGCAGGACUACCAGCUCUACCAUCACCUCAGGUCAGGACAGAAGUGGGGGGGGAGUGGCCAUUUUCUGCCGCUCUGCCCUCAGCCCCUCACACCUCCCUGUCAAUAUUCCUGCCGGUGUGGAGGCCCUGUGGGUGAGAGUUAUGCCCCCCUCCCAUCCCAGCAACACAGCCUCCAUCAUCGUGUACCACCCCCACGAGCUGCCACAGCACAGUUACUCACCGCUCACACCAUCAACACUGCUGACGCCCUGAGGGUGAGGUAUCCUGCUGCCAAGUUGGUCAUCUGUCAGGACUUUGACAGAUUAGAUAUCAACGAUAUCCUACACCAGCUACAUCUCACCCAGGUCGUGGACUUCCCCACCCACCAGCAAGCCAUCCUUGACCUUAUACUGACAGACCUGGGCCAGCAGUACUCGCCCCCCAAGCUGCUGCCUCCCAUGGGACGGAGCACCCACCUCUCCAUACUGUGGACACCCACAGCCACCACCUCGACCCGCCGCCCCAUCCCUGACUCAGCCAUGAGGGAGUUUGGGCAGUGGGUGACACAACACCCGUGGACCGAGGUGCUGGAUGUGGAGGACGUCCACUUAAAAUAGCAAAAUUACGUCGCCACCACCACAGAAGCCUUCCACCGCUACUUCCCAGCCAAGAGCGUCACAACGCACCUGUCUGAUGUCCCCUGGAUGACGCCCCGCAUUAAAAGACUCGAGCGUCAGCGGACCUGGGCAUUCCACUCCUGCCCGGUCCUAUACAGGAAAAUAAGAAACAGAGUGAUCAGGGAGAUUAAGGCUGCAAAGGCAAGCUAUUACCCAGACAAGAUACACCACCUCAAGCUGACCAACAACAGAUAGUGGUAUGCUAAGAUCAAAGCUUUGUGUGGCCUACAAAAGCACACUUCAUCUCUUCCUUGCACCUCACACCUUCCUGCUAAUCUCGUGGCUCAGAUGAACGAUCACUGUGCUGCUAUCUGUCAAACCUUUCCUCCCCUCCACAUCACUCCGCUUCCUGCCUAUCUUUCCGCUCCCUCCCAUCCCCCAAGUGUCCAGGCGGUGGAUGUUUUUAAGAGAAUACUCAAAUUCAAACCAAGAUCCACCACACCCACUGACCUUCCUAUAAAAAUUUAUAAGGAAUUUGCUGUAGAGCUAGCAACACCGCUAUGCUCCAUAAUAAACGCCUCACUCUCCCAACACUUGCCCCGCGGACUGGAAGACAUCUUACGUCACCCCCAUCCCCAAAACUUCCAGUCCACAGUCACUCAAUGACCUCAGGCCAGUCUCUAUCACCCCCAUCCCUAGCCUUAUUUGUGAGGAUUUUGUGUAUGAAUGGGCCUACACCAAAAUUUGUAAUACCGUAGAUAUCAGACAAUUUGGAAAUAUUAAAGCCACCUCCACCUCCUAUUACCUGACCAGCUUCCUUGAAUUCAUCCACAGCCACCUGGACAAGCGAAACACCUCUCUAGCUGUUGCUUUUGUGGACUUCAAAAAAGCCUUUGAUCUUGUUGAUCACACUCUUGUCAUCAGCAAGGCAGUAAGUCUAGGUCUCCCUCCUAACCUGAUAGCGUGGCUAGCCGACUUCCUCACAGGGUGGCGUCAGGCCGUUCGCUAUCAGGGCUGUCUCUAAUUUCCAACAGCUGACAUGUGGGGUCCCCCAGGUGACCAAGAUGGGUCCUCUAUGCUUCCUCCUCCUCAUUAACGACGCCCUCACUGACACCCCCCAUCGCUGGAAGUAUGUGGACGACUGCACUGGGCGUCCCAGUUUCCACCAAGAACCCGGACUACUCGCCACUGCAAGCAAUUCUGGAGCGACUGCAGAUGUGGAAGGAGGAGAGCAGGAUGACCAUCAACCACAGCAAAACUGUGGUGAUGCAUUUCUGUACCUCCUCUGUACCAGUGCCCCCUCCCCAACUCACAGUGGGCCCUCACCCCCUCCAGGUGGUCCGAUGUGCCAAGCUUCUUGGAGUCACGGUGAACGACCAGCUGACCUGGAAGCAGCAUGUCGCCAGCACCGUAAGAUCAGCUACCUACAGGCUGUACAUGCUGCGCAGACUCAGGUCGCUGGGGACGCUGACAGAUGAGUUAAGGGGGGUGUACCUCACCUUCAUCCUCCCCAAACUCAUGUACGCCUCCCCAGCGUGGUCCUCCUUCCUCACACACACUCAACAGCUACAGCUAGAGAGUGUGCAGAAAAGAGCGUGCAGGGUCAUCCUUGGCCCUGCAUACACCACCUAUGAAGAAGCCCUGACCACCCUGAGUCUGUCCAGACUAUCCACCAGGCACCAAGAGGCUCUGGAGAAGUUUGGAAGGGGACUACUGCAUCAUCCACGUCUCAGAAACAUGCUGCCGCCUGACGCACCUCGCCCAGUCCGUGCCACCAGACACCACAACAAGAUAAUGCCCCUAAAGGCGCCACGCACGGACCAGUACAGACUCAGUGCGAUUCCCAGCAUGGUGCGAGCCAUCACUCAAUAGUCCCUUCUAGAUUAGACUUACCUUUAGGAUUAAUGUUAAGUAUUUCCCCACCCCCUCUGUACAUUUUCAGUUUUUAACUGCCUAAAUAAUAAACCAAUUAUUAUUAUUAUUAUUAUUAUUAUUAUUAUUAUUAUUAUUAUUAUUAUUAUUAUUAUUAUUAUUAUUAUUAAUUAAUAACUAGCUUUUUAUUAAUAACAUUUAUGUUUAUGAUUUUCAAGCUUAAUUUAUCUGCUUUUCAGAAUGCUUAAGUCUUCUCCACUUAACAUUUCUACAACUGAUCUCAAGUGAAGUGAAUUCAUUGUUACUUUACUAUUUCAAGAAUGAACUGCAUUUGUUACAAAUUAUUGUAUAAUAUUAUAUUUAGUUACCUACAUUAUAUAUUGUAUUCACUUAUAUAUAUUCAUAAAUCUGUC